AUGUCAUGCACCGAUUCUGAUCCGUCGUCUCAUGGCGGAGAGUAUAAGAAUUUCCGUCAAAUCAGCCGUGAUAGGUUGCUGCAUGAAAUGCUCAAAUCAUCCUCAUCAGGGGACUCAAGAUCAAGUUGGAAGGUACUUAUUAUGGAUAAAGUCACUCUGAAAGUUAUGUCUGCUUCAUGCAAAAUGACGGAUAUCACAGAUCAAGGAAUUUCGUUGGUGGAAGACCUUUUCAAGAGAAGGCAGCCUAUGCCUUCUAUGGAUGUCAUAUAUUUCAUUCAACCAAUUAAAGAGAACAUUGUAAUGUUUCUAUCGGACAUGUCGGGAAGAGAACCUUUAUAUAGGAAAGCAUUUAUUUAUUUUAGUUGUUCUACCCCAAAGGAGUUGAUUACUCAUAUCAAGAGCGAUAUGAGUGUUGUACCACGCAUUGGUGCUCUGAGAGAGAUGAACUUGGAGUAUUUUCCUAUUGAAAGUCAGGCAUUUACAACUGAUCAUGACAGAGCCUUACAAGACCUGUACAGCCAAGCUGCUGAGAAUUCUCGCCAAUUUGAUGUUUGCAUGAACACAAUGGCCAGUCGCAUUGCUACUGUUUUUGCUUCAUUGAAGGAGUUUCCUGUUGUAUGGUACCGUUCAAAGGGCAUGGAUGGAUCUUCUGCAGCAACAUUACGUGAUUUGGUGCCUGUAAAACUUGCUUCUGCUGUUUGGAACUGCAUUACAAUGUAUAAGACUACAAUUCCUAACUUUCCGCAGACUGAAACAUGUGAGUUUCUCAUUGUGGAUAGAUCUGUUGAUCUGAUUGCACCCAUCAUUCAUGAAUGGACUUAUGAUGCAAUGUGCCAUGAUUUGUUAGACUUGGAGGGAAACAAAUAUGUGCAGGAGGUCCCCAGUAAAUCUGGUGGCGAGCCUCAGAAAAAGGAGUUCCUUUUGGAAGAUCAUGAUCCAGUUUGGCUUGAAAUGCGUCAUUUACAUAUAGCAGAAGCCAGUGAAAGAUUGAGCGACAAGAUGCAAAAUUUUAUGUCAAAAAAUAAAGCUGCACAAUUACAGCAAAGAGAUGGUAAUGAGUUAUCUACUAGGGAGAUACAGAAAAUGGUUCAAUCUUUGCCUGCAUACAAUGAACAAAUGGAGAAACUCUCACUCCAUGUAGAGAUUGCUGGAAAAAUCAACGAAAUUGUCAGAGAUGAAGGGCUCAGAGAUCUUGGUCAACUCGAGCAGGAUCUUGUCUUUGGUGAUGCUGGGACAAAGGAAGUCCUCCACUAUUUAAGGACUUAUCAGGGCACAGAUAGUGAAUACAAAUUGAGAUUGGUGAUGAUUUAUGCAAUGGUUUACCCUGAAAAGUUUGAGGGUGACAAAGCAACAAAGCUUAUGCAGGUGGCAAAAUUGCCUCCUGAGGAUAUAAAGGUAAUACAAAAUAUGAAAUUUCUGGAGGGAACAAAAAUCAGAAAGAAACAUCAUGGAAGCUUCUCCCUUAAGUUUGAUUCUCAAAAGAGGCAUCAUGCAUUAAGAAAGGAUAAAAGAGGAGAAGAGGAAACAUGGCAACUCUCCCGAUUUUAUCCCAUCUUAGAGGAUUUGCUUGAAAAACUUAGCAACCACGAGAUGCCAAAGGAUGAGUACCAAUGCAUGAACGGUCCAGGUCCAGGUCCAAGUAGUCAAAGUCGGAGCACACAGGAUGCAUCAGCAAAGAGUGGCCCCACAGGUAACCAUCCACAUUCAAGGAGAUCAAGGAGGACAGCCACAUGGGCAAAGCAAAAUUCAUCUGUUGGUGGAAAUUCAAGUGAUUCCACAGUUGGUCAUACAACUACGGACUUUAAAAACAUGGGGCGGCGUAUUUUUGUAUUCAUCGUCGGCGGGGCAACCAGAUCUGAGUUACGGGUUUGUCACAAGCUUACCGCUAAAUUAAAGAGGGAGGUGGUACUAGGUUCAACUAGUAUCGAUGAUCCACCGCAAUACAUUUCAAAAGUGAAGAUGCUUUCUGGGAGUUGAUGGCAUUAUUUAUAUACACAAUGCAGCUUUUAUUUGUGGGACCCACCUGGAGAUUCUCAGGUUUAAAAUGACGAUAGGCCAAAGCCGAAACUAGGAAUAGAGAUCCAAAGGGUCCCUUUCUUCAUGCAGUGUCGAACACCUUUCAGCUUCAAACUCUGGUUUCAUGUUGUAUAUUUUCCGUUCAUAGAAAUUUCGGAUUUGCUUUUAUUAUGUACAUCCCAAUUCCAAUAAAGACGAUAUAAAAUCAUAGUAUUAAAAUUCAAUCCCAAAGUUAUUGAAAGGGUUCUCGAUUAUUCAA